AUGGCCACUGAAACUCACACGGUAUGGCACGCGAGAGACCGUGAUAGCGUACACCCACCAUGUGUUGAGAUGCUUGAACAUCUGAAAAAGACGCGUCUCAGCACACUCCGCUCACGAAAUGUUGGCGCCGUUAUCAUUGUUCGUGCUGUAGAGAAACCAUUGCAACUGGGAGCUCUCUUCCCAAUCAUGAAUGUGGUUGAGGAUGUCACGAGUGACGUGAGCCACAUGGAGAUCUUCUUUCCUACUACUUCACCUCCACUCGCUAUACUGAAGCAAGGCACCGUACUUGCAAUCAAAGAACCGCUCUGUGCGAUGAAUCAUGGUAGAAAGGUGAUCAGAGUCAUACAACCGUCCAAUAUUGUGGUCCUCAAGCCAGAGCACUAUAUGUAUCCCAAGAUAUUCCGGGAUGCCCUUGUUUCGUCAAACAGCCGGAUGCCACGGACUGAAGGCGACACUGCUUCAGGCAGGGGCGAAUACACAGAGGCGAUCGAUUGGUAUGGUUAUAGUCUAUCCACAGACGCGUACACUCGUGGUCUGAGGCAGCUUCCCAAAGACGAAAUCGACCUGCGACAAGCACUUUGUUAUAGUCGUGCCAAUGCAGCGAUGCACGCAGGGCAGUACGAAUUAGCGCUGGAAGAUGCAAAGCUGUCUGUUUUGGAUGUGUCACAUUCGGACUAUCAACAGGCUUUGUAUGUUGCAGGUAGCGCUGCUUAUCAACUACGCCAAUUCGCGUUAGCUGAUGGUUUCUUUCAACGCGUGCUUUCGGUCUGUCCAGCUGAUAUACAAAGCGCCAAGUAUCUCCGCAAAACCAGAGAGCGACUACGAGAAGAGAGUAUCGGAGCGUUUGAUUUUACAGCAAUGCUAGAACAGCAAACACUGGCUGAUCACGCUAACUUUAUCAACAAGACUGAGAUUCGAGAGUCGACAGACCGCGGACGCGGAGUGUUUGCGAAAGAUGAUAUCAGCUGCGGCGAGCUGAUAUUCUGCGAGAAGGCCUUCGCUAUCUCACAUCCUUCAACCGUUUCUCCAAGCAAUCCGAACUUGGUCCAGAACAACAACUAUUAUGGCGGUUGUGGAAAAGCGGUUGCUGCAUUGUGGCUUCGAACAGUGCAAAAGCUUUUUGCGAACCCAUCUCUCGCGCCUGAGUUACUCAAUCUCUACGGUGGCGCUUCAUACACCGACGGUUUCGUCGCGCUCAAUGUAGAUGGCAACAUCGUGUUAGAUGUCUUCCAGGUCUUACAAAUCAUUGACCAUAACGUAUACAGCUUCGAAGCUGGACAUGCUCAUAUGCCGUACGGCACCAAUCAACACUCUUCCAACGAAGAGCGAGAGUCAGCUGGCCUCUAUAAACACGCGUCAUACGUUAACCAUGGCUGUAUCAACAACUCUAGUAGGAGUAUGACCGGCGAUAUUAUGAUUGUGAGAGCAAACCAAGAUAUAUCUAAGGGCACGGAGAUCACCACAUCCUAUCUCACACCAAGCGUUGGUGAACCAAAUCGCAAUGCUGAGCUGAAGCGAACAUGGUUCUUCGACUGUGAUUGCUCGCUAUGUGCUAGCGAGACGGCCUGCGAUGUGAACUGGAAGCAAAUCUUUGAUGAAGUCAGAUCCCACAGACUACGGAAAGAUGAAUACGACCCUGCCCAGCUGCAGAACACAAUCCGAAAGGCCCAGGAUCUGGCAGAGAGGCUUGAAGAACAUUAUCCAGAGAGCUUGUUCGGCAUGCCAAAGAUGCCUCGGAUCGCCCUUCGAGAGUUGCAAGGGGUUCUCAUGUUUGCCAACGAACGUCUUGGUUGUUACGAAAAAUCACAGGAGCAUGCUUUGGGAAUCAUACGGGAGAGUGGCUACAACAUUUCUUCAGACGGAUCACAAAUCCAGAUAGACUACACGCAUGGCUUGCCAACGAAGGCAGUGGUGGACGCGCUUUAUCUACUCGCGAAGCAAGAAACCCCUCGGGAGCUUGCUGAACAGUAUCUGUCAUUGGCCAAAAAGAUGUAUCUCGUCAUCAAUGGCACAUCUAAUGGCUGGGAUGUAGCUUACGAACCCGGACUAAAGGUGGAAGACCCCGACAGAACGGUCUCACGCGACGGCCAAUCAAUCCUGGAUUCAUCGUGCCUGGCCUCAGCUCAUAAUGGGAGAAGUGACGGGAGUGAAGGUCAACGGUGCAACUACCAUCCAACACCGCCAGACGCGCAACCAGUCGUAACUUCCUCAGCUAUCUUUUGCGUUCUGAGCAGUUCGCACCCUCCUGCAUACUUCUUCCAUUUGUCACAUCUUACGGCGCGCAUCGACAUCCGUCAACCGCACCUCUUGAUCAUGGACAAAUUCCUUGCUUCGAGCCAGACUGCCAGAUCAAGACUCGGAGAACCGCAAGAAACGUCGCAUGACAGAGACGACUUGAUAGCAUUCUAUCCCGCUGGUAUUUACUUGAAGGAUCUCAAGGCUCAGACACACCACACCGAUUCUAUACUACUGGUGCGAACCAUCGGCCAUCCACGCAGGCUCAGUCCUGCCGAUCCCACGAGCAAUGCUAUAGAGGACGAGACCGGAGAUGUCGAAGAUUUCCUCGUAUCGUUCACUGGCCCAGGCUGCGACGCCACGAUCCUAGCAAUAGGCCGCGUGUUCUCGAUCAAGGAGCCUUUCUUCGAUGUCUCAAACGCCGUCAACCGUGUCAGCGUCUACCAUCCGUCAAACCUGGUGCUUCUUGACUGUGAUCAUACUUCGAUACCUCACGGUUGGCAAUUGGCAAGUGGUCGCUCCGCGCUCAGAUGGAGGUCAGAGGGCGAUGCGCUGAUGGAGAAGAAGCAAUACUCAGAAGCAAUCAGAAGGCGCUCUACAGCAGCGCUGUAUGCUGGCUAUUACGACAUGGCGAGAAACGACGCGCUAGAGUCACUCUCUGAAUCCGAUACAAAGGACGCUUUGGAGUCAGAUUUACGGAGUUUGUAUCAGGCUGGACUCGCUUCAUGUCACCUCGGUGAGUUUACCACUGCCCAGAAGUUUUUCUGUCGCGUACUUGAAAUUAUGCCAUCAUUCAAUCAGGCCACCCGUCAGCUGGGACAUGCGGGAGCACGUCUGUUGGAACAACAGACCGGAAUAUAUGACUUUGGCGCGAUGUUUGGGUCGGCUGGAGAAUCUCCCCCUAACUAUGGCAACUUCCUCAAGCGGACCGAGAUUCGUUCUUCUAAGAUCUCAGGGCGUGGCUUGUUUGCUACUGAAGACAUCCCGCGUGGCGAGGUCGUGCUUUGCGAAAAGGCCUUUGCCACUGAUGAACAUUCUGGAGACAUCAAGCCGGGAGGCUUGUUGGACUUGCACAACAACCGUGCAUAUGGUGAUUCGUACACCUCGCUACUCAACAAUGUGGUCCAGAAAGUAUUCAGCAAUCCAUCUCUUUCCCGGAUCCUGAAUUUAUGCAGCGACGACUGCUUCGAGGAUCUGAAAUCGCUUCACAUCGUUGAUGGACUACCAGCAGUGGAUAUCUUCAGAGUCAACUCAAUCCUACAGCACAACAUGUUUGAUUUUGCAGAGCCUCGCGACAAGUUCGACGUCGAUUGUGAGAAACACUUUGGUCUUUGGUAUCAAGCCUCUCACAUCAACCAUUCCUGCCUCGCCAACUCUUACAGAAGCUUCAUUGGUGACAUGAUGUUGGUCAGGGCUGGAACAAAUAUCUCGCGAGGAUCUGAGAUUGCGCUGGCCUAUAGUGGUAUUUCGGCAUUUUCAUCAGAACAGCAAGAGGAGUCUCAGAGGGACUGGGGCUUCAGAUGUGGAUGCAAGAAGUGCACAUGUGAAGAACAUAUCAUCCCAGGCUCAGAGAUGCACAAGAAGUUGAAGGACGCUAUGAACACUUGGAUUGAAUACAAGACCAACGCAACACCAAUCCCCGAGAUCAUCAAACAAGCUCAACAGGCGAUCGACGCCAUCAUGCCUUUGUACCCAGAUCACGAAAAGCUCCCUCGUCUGGGGUUGACACAACAUCACGAAGAACUCAUGUGGGUCUAUCAUGCGAUGGAGAAGCAUGACCUGGUGGCUGAGAACGCGAAACAGCUCAUUCGCGAUUAUGGUUACAUCCUCUCUUCUGACGACCGAGAAGUUCAGAUGGCCAGCGAAAACGCGAUUCCGGACCUCGAUGUCGUGUGGGCUCUGCUGCAUCUAUCGAUCCACGCUUCGAAGAAGGGGAGUGAUCCCUUGUCCAAAUCAUACAAGAAGCUUGUCGUGGAAACUUACACAGUCCUUCGUGGUACUACGAUCGGUUUCGAGAAGGAGCUCGGGGUGCCUCUGUGA